AUGGUGGUGUGGACAGUUGUGCUGUGUAUAGCUUGUGUGGUUAGUGGACAUGUAAUCUCACAGCUGGACUAUACAAACGAGAUACAGGAGGAUACUGACGAGCUGAAGGUGAUUAGAGACGUUAUCAAAGUUGACUUCGGUGGUGACGUGGACGAGAGACAUGGCGCUCCUAGAGCGGACUCCAAAGACAUGCUGUAUCCUAUCCUCAUUGGGGUGGCAGCCAAGAUAGUGUCUACCAUCCCUCUGUUUCUCACCUCUCUAGCCCUAGUGGCUGGCUACAGUUUGGCUACCAGUAAAGCAGCAUUGCUACUUGGGGGUAUCGCCGUGGUCUACCACUAUAUCAGUGUCUACCAUCCCUCUGUUUCUCACCUCUCUAGCCCUAGUGGCUGGCUACAGUUUGGCUACCAGUAA